AUGCUAGUUACAUCGGAGAAGUGGAAAAAGCAUAAUAUUGUCUUGCCAAUAACCAAUGAGGCUAUCGGUAAGACUCAUACCGAAAAGCGCAACAGUGCAAAUGUCGCCAAAUGUGAAGGUUGUAGCAAAAAGAAAGUCCGAAUAGCUUCGCCCAGAAAUGACAGACCAAAUAGACGCGGGCAACCUAACACCAAUCACCCACCAAAACGACAGUACAACGAGACUAACACGCCCACAGAAAAUGGCAUCAAUAUUCUGCUGGAACGGUAUAGGGCAUACUACGGUUUUCCUAACACGCGUGCACAACACACCGGUACGAGCCGCGGUCCAGGGUCUGCCGUCCUCCGGUAUGUCCACGUAGUUUUGCAUGGGCCCCGAUGUUUGAAACAGCCGAGUCUAAGACAACUCCACGUCAUUUUCCUUGGGUCCGACGGCUGCACCAAAUUGGCAUGCCUAGAAGUUCUCUCCGUCGCCAACAAUUUAGCGAUAGGAAACAGGGCAAAAUUAUGCUUUACUCUUUUCUUGGCAGUUACAGUGUUUUGCAAUUUGAAGAGUUAUGGUGCUGCAGUCGAGGCUGGAGAUACUCUAUCGUUGGGUGCUUCGCUUGCUGGAAACCAGACAAUAAUUUCCAAGAAUGGCACAUUUGAGUUGGGAUUCUUCAGCCCAAAUGGAAGCAACUGGUAUAUUGGCAUCUGGUAUGCCAAAAUACCAGAGAAGACGACUGUUUGGGUGGCAAACAGGGAGACUCCAGCCAGAAACAGGUCUGGUGUUUUGAAGCUGUCAAGAGAAGGUAAUCUGGUACUGUUCGAUGCAGAGGGCGCUUCUAUUUGGUCUGUCAACAUGUCGAAGAAGGCCUCCCGGGCUGUCAUAUUGGAUUCUGGUAAUUUUUUAAUGCUGAGCGGUAAUAAUAAAUCUGAAACUGUUUGGCAGAGUUUCGACAAUCCUGUAAAUGCAGUAUUGCCAGGGAUGAGGUUUGGUGGACAGCAAAAGCUAGUUUCUUGGAAAAACUCACUGGAUCCCGCUCCUGGGCUUUUCUCCUUGCAUGUGGAUCCAUCUGGGGCCAAACAAUUCGUGCUGACAUGGAACAAUUCUGUACAGUAUUGGGAGACUGGAACUUGGGACGGCAAAAUUUUCAGUGGACUUCCAGGCCUGAACAAGAGCUUUCAUAUGAUUGUUGAAAGUAGUAGCUCUGGUUUGUAUUUCAGUUAUACAUUGAAGCCUGAAUACACUGUGCUCUCACGUUACGUCCUAACAAAGUUCGGAGGAAUGCAAGUCAAUGCUUUUGUCGAUGGCAGUAAAUGGAACACGUACUGGUCUCAGCCCGGAGACGCAUGUGCCGUAUAUGGUCUCUGUGGUGCUUAUGGAACCUGCAACUCCAACUCAGACAAUGGCGCGUGGGAUUCACAAGACUGGGGGUCCAGUGGCUGUGUUCGACAGAGCCCGUUAUACUGCGAUGCCCAAAAUAGCAGCACUGACAGAUUCGUCGACCUUAAUGUGGCUUUACCUAAUGAUUACGCAUCCUCGUGCACUGCGUUUUCUUUCAGUCAGCCGUCAGGGCCCUGCCAAAGCUGGUCCGGAGAUUCGCUGAACAUGCGCAACUCUCCUCCGUCGGAAAGCAGUUCAAAUGUCUCCAUCCGAGUAGGAGCCUCCGAACCUCCAACGAAACGCAAAACCUCUAGUAUUGUGGGCACAGUGCUUCGUAUUGUUGGUGCUCUCACUGUUGCUUUGGGUAUCUUUUGA